AUGUCUUUGGGCGGUGGCGCCUACUUUGAGGAGCGGAACGCCAAGGAGGGCGUGCCGUACGAUGCCGCUUCUCUCCCAGACAUGAGCGCCGUGUUUGGGCCGCGUCCGAAGCCGACACCGUUUGGGACAGGCAGCCUCGAGAAGCUGAAGAUGCGGUUCCGCAAGAUGAGCCUCAAGUGGCACCCCGACAAGAACAUCCGCCGGCCAGAGGCGGCGGCGGAGGUGUUCAAGGCUGUCAACGCGGCGUACCAUACGCUGACGACAAACAACUUCGACUACAAACGGCGGGCCUCGCCGAGCGCGCGCCGCGGCCCAAGCCGGCGACCAAUUCGUGCGGACGAGUGGUCCGAGUCCUUCACGAUCCCCCCGAUGCAGUCGCUCGAGGACGUGCUGGUCGAGAUGCUGCUUAAAAAGCGGGGCGACUACCGGCCGCACCAAGACUUCGGCGUCAACCUCUCCAUCCCGUGGAACGCGGGCAGCCGCGAGGACCAAUUCAUUUCCAGCGCCAGUGGGGGCCUCGAGGACCAAGGCACUGGGCGGUGGGGCGGUUUUCUCUUCACGGCUGGAGGUGUGAGCAGGCGCGGGCUCGAGGACAGAGGAAAGGCCGAGCUGGGAUACGACGGCAGCGCUUCCGGCGACGCGUAUGGAGGGCAGAUUGUGAGGCACGUCGAGACUCAAGAUUUGCUCGACCAGUUUGGGGCGAAGGCGCAGGUGGGAGCAGACAGGGACGCGAGGCCUUGGGAGACGGCGUACGCGAAGCCGAAGGGCCGGCCGGACUUGACUUCGCAGAGCGAGGGGGCGAGGGAGGCGGCGGAGGGGUUCAACGACCAGGCAGUCAAGGCGUUCAAGGCGAAGGACUGGCAGCGCUGCUACGACCUCUCCUCCGAGGCGAUCCGACUCAACCCGCGCAAGACGGCAUAUCUCGGCAACCGCGCCGCUGCGGCGCUGAAGAUCAAGUCGUACAAGGAGGGGCUCAAGGACGCGCAGCUCACGUGGGAAGCCGACUGGGCGUAG